CAGGAUCACCGGAUCCCAGAAGGAUGAAGCCAGCAGAUUGGGAUCACCGGAUCCCGGAUGGAUGUGGCUGGCAUGACAGGAUCACCCGAUCCUGGAUGGGAAGCCAGCAGAGUGGGAUCACCAAAUCCUGGAUGGAUGUGGCUGGCACGGUGGGAUCACCGAGCGGGAUCACCGGAUCCCAGAAGGAUGAAGCCAGAGGGUGGGAUCACUGGAUCCUGGAUGGAUUAAGCCAGCAGAGUGGGAUCACCAGAUCCCGGAUGGAUGAAGCCAGCAGAGUGGGAUCACUGGAUCCCAGAAGGAUGAAGCCAGCAGAGUGGGAUCACUGGAUCCCAGAUGGAUACAGCUGGCACGGUGGGAUCACCGGAUCCCAGAAGGAUGAGGCCAGCAGAGUGGGAUCACUGGAUUCCAGAUGGAUGAUGCCAGCAGAGUGGGAUCACUGGAUCCCAGAUGGAUGAGGCCAGCAGAGUGGGAUCACUGGAUCCCAGAAGGAUGAAGCCAGCAGAGUGGGAUCACUGGAUCCCAGAUGGAUGCAGCCAGCUGGGUGGGAUCACUGGAUCCCAGAUGGAUACAGCUGGCACGGUGGGAUCACCAAGCGGGAUCACCGGAUCCCACAUGGAUGCCCAGGCAGGCAGAACCACUGCACAGAACAUUCCAGAAGCAUCCCCCGGAUGAGCUCAAGCCCAGCUCCUCGUGCUCCCCCUGGCCCUCCCCAGGUUUCUCCUGGGAUCCAUGGAACGCCAGCCCUGUGGACACCAGAGAUCCCGGGGCAGGAGGGAAGCGCCGAGCAGGACUCAGGACAUGGAGCCGCACAGGGCCAGGGGAUGAGGGGAUGGGGGACAGGGAAUUCCAUCCUCAGGAGCCGGGAGAUCCUGCUCCAGCCCUGGGAAACCCUUCCCCGGAGCACAGGGAGAAGGAAAAGCCCAGCUGGGAAGCUCCACGCCCGCUGUGCCUCCGGAGGGUUUCCUAUUCCCGGUUUCCCCACAGGAACACGGGAGCCAGGCCAGGAGCUGGCUCUGCUCGGAGCCCAGGCAGCAGGAGCCGGUUCUGGAGCAGCCCUGGCUGCUGGGAAGAACAACCCCAGGGGAAGGGAGAGGUGGAAGGAAGUGAGAGCCUCAAUCCCAGCCGUGGAGGGAUCAUCCAUGGGCACCAAACCCACGGGAUUUGUGCAUCUCCCCAGGGAGCCGAAGCUGAGGAAUGCCAGGCUGGAAUUGCAGCGGAAGGCACGGACAGCCCCAUCCCCUGGAGACCCCCGGGGUUACUGCUGCCCCUCACCGCUCCUGGAGCUCCCCGGGCUGCGGCCCCAGCGCCCCCAAAUCCUGGGAAGGGAUCCCAGCCACAGGAACGCUCCAGCCGAUCCCACACGGCACCGGGAACAGGCUGGAAAAACAUCCCCCAGGAUCCAGCCAGGCUGUACCAGCACAUGGAUCCUUCAGCUUCCAUGGAAUCAGCCCCGAGAACGCCCCAAGGGAAGCCGAUGUCCAGCAGAACUCUAGCACCAAUCCUUGGAAAAAUUAAGACUUUAAUGUGUCUCCAAUCAGGACCUCAAAACCACUGAUCCUGCCUGAGAGUCCUGGCUGGAGCGGGAUUGAUCCCUGAACACCAAGCGGGGAAAGCAAAGCACAAAGUGAGAUUUCUUUUGUUUUUUUUUUCCCUCCCAGUGCAAUUAACUUUAAAUUAUUAAUUUUAAAUUACACAGAGCGAGUGAAAACUUCAAGAAGGAGAGCCCUGCACCAUCUGAUCCCCAAGGAACUGGGGCUGGGGGACAGCCACCCCCUUCCCUCCCGGCAGAACCCGGCUGGGAAGGCAGGAAUGCACCCCGGGAAUGCACCCCAGGAAUGCACCCCAGGAAUGCAUCCCAGGAAUGCACCCCGGGAAUGCACCCCGGGAAUGCACCCCAGGAAUGCACCCCAGGAAUGCAUCCCAGGAAUGCACCCCGGGAAUGCACCCCGGGAAUGCACCCCAGGAAUGCACCCCGGGAAUGCACCCCGGGAAUGCACCCCGGGAAUGCACCCCAGGAAUGCAUCCAGAGCAGCUGGCUGCCCCCUGUGCCGAGCUCCAGCCUUCACUCCAAAGGGAGGAGUUUCCAGGAUCCCACAGGGGGUUCCAGCUCAGCUGCCCCGAGCCCCCCCAGUGCCCCCGAUGUGCUGGGCAGUGAGCUGGGAGCCUGGGAGCGGCACAGAAUUCCAUUUAUCCCAGCUCCAGGUGCUCCCCUCACCUGGCCCCGCUCUCCCACGGCCCUGAGGGACCUGGGUGUCCCCUCCCCGGGCGGGCACGGCCGCAGCCGCGUCCCUUCCGACGCUGCCAUCGCCAGGUACAAAGUGCAAAAGUGUUGCUGUUCCUGCAUCCAUUAAAAACUUUAAAAAACAGAACAAAACAAACAGAAAAAAGGAUUUCCAUCAUCAUUUGCAAAUACAUUAAUUCAGUUUCCAAAGAGCCAGCAAAGCCCUGGUCACCUCCUCGUGGGCCAACACGGACACGGGCAGGAGAAGCCGUCUGUGACCCAGCCCAGAUCCUGCCCUGAUCCAGCAGGAGUCCAGGGGAGGCCGGAGCAGCGCUGGGAUUCAGGGACACCCCGGGACAGCCGGGCUCCGGCUGGGGACAAGCCCGGCCUCGGCCCUGCCCAAAUCCAAGCCCUCCCUGCUCCCUCCCGUGGAAGUGUUGGCAUUCCUCCUCUCCUGUGAAAUGUUUCUGGUAAGGCUUUAUUGCUCUACAAAGCGGUGCAAAGGCUGCCCGAGGACAGCUCCAUCAGGAACUUUGGUCACACGGCUGCGGGAUUUGUGCGCUGGCCCCGGCCGCCGCUGGACCUGCUACCUUCCCAAGAGAAGCUGAAUACUGUGUGCAAUAACACUGGGAAAACAGCACUGAACCCCAAAUCCAAAACAAAAACCAGGGGCACGGGGAAAGGGGACAACUGAAAUCAGGCAGAAGGCUUGGGAAGAGCCCGUCAUUCCCGUGAGGACUGAACUCAAUGCUACAUUUCGACAAUGCCGAGUGUCUUUCCGAACGGAUCGGUGCUGUUGGAUCUGCGUGUCUGGUCCUGAACGCCAGCUCGCUCUCAUCAAUGCAGCAUUUAUUAAAAAAUAAAAUUAAAAAGAAAAAAAAAAAAGGAAAAAAAAAAAAAAAAAAAAGAA